AUGGAGUAUUUAGCUCUUCUCUUUUCGUUUUUAUUCCUCAUCUUCGAAAGCAUCAUUCGGGUUAUUACUUUGGCGUUGCCGGCGUCGGUCAUCAAUUUCUGUUAUACCAAAUCACGCUCGUUGUUUAAUUCCUUUUCAUCAAGAAAGUAUACUACAGUCUCUAGCUCUAAACAGGAGAAGGAUAUUGUCGCCCAUGUAAGGAAGGCGGAUGGUUUUACUGAAAUAUGUGAGAUUUGGAACAAGGGUGACUGGAUUGUUGAAGAACACGUUGUCCAGACUGGCGAUGGAUAUCUUCUAGGUUUGCACAGGCUGCGGAAGAAGGGUGUAAGGGGAAAUAGGAAUCAUAGAAAUUGGGAUUCUGGGAAAGGGGAUGGUGGAAGAAAAGUCGUUUAUCUGCAUCAUGGAUUGCUUAUGAAUAGUGAGGUUUGGGUUUGUUUAUUGGAUAAGGAGCGUUGUCUUCCGUUUGUCCUUGUUGAGAAGGGGUUUGAUGUUUGGCUUGGGAACAACCGUGGGAACAAAUAUUCUAAAAAAUCGAUCUAUCAUCCAUCCUCGUCUCCUAAAUUCUGGGACUUCAGUAUGGAUGAGUUUGCGUUCCACGAUAUUCCGGACUCAAUAAACUACAUCCUGUUGACAUCUAAGCAGAAGAGCUUAAGCUAUAUCGGAUUCUCACAGGGAACAGCACAGGCUUUUGCUACCUUAAGUAUUCAUCCGGACCUGAACGAAAAGGUCGAUGUUUUCAUUGCUCUGGCCCCUGCUAUGAGCCCUGAAGGCCUAUCAAAUCCUAUCGUUGAUGCCCUUAUGAAAACAAGCCCUAAUAUAAUGUUUUUGUUUUUUGGGCGGAAGAGCAUUCUGAGUUCGACCGCUUUCUGGCAGAGCAUUUUAUACCCUCCAAUAUUCGUUCGUGUGAUUGAUGUUGCCCUCAAAUUCCUCUUCAACUGGUCCGGGUCCAAUAUAUCUCUUCCCCAAAAGAUUGCUGCAUACUCAAAGCUUUACUCUUUUACCUCUGUUAAGAGUGUGGUACACUGGUUUCAAAUUAUUCGCAAUAAGUCCUUUCAGAUGUAUGAUGACGACAUACAAUCUCCCAUAGCUGCUUUCGCUGGUAAAGGCUUUUACAAAGUGGCAAAGUUUCCGACUAGAAACAUCACUACGCCGAUUACUUUGGUUUAUGGUGGUAAGGAUAGUUUGGUGGACAUCGAUGUCAUGUUGAGGGAAUUACCCGGGCACACAGUUGCGAAGGAAGUUGAACAUUAUGAACACUUGGACUUUCUGUGGGCAAAGGACGUUCACAAGCUGGUCUUUCCGCAUGUCUUGGAGGCUUUGGGAGCCUACACUGCUGGCGGUGAAAGGGGAAAAACAAGCGAAUUUCACCCGAAGCUAGUUUCAAAUUGCAGCGCUCAACCUUCCUCUCCGCUAACAGAUGGCAUUGUAGCUCGGGGCGCCGGAGGACAUAAUGGAUUGCCCUCUUACUCGGAUGAUGAGCGGGAUGCGUCGUCUUCGCUUGCAGGUGCUCUUGGUGCACUACUGGUCCCGUUCUCAAGGUCCAACUCUCCCGCAGAGCCAUUAGUCAUUGGAGACCCUAUCCUAGACCAUCCAGAAGAUAUUGUUAAACCUUUAGCCCCCUCUAGUGAGCGAGUCGUUUCACCGGAAACCAAACUCACGAUGCCGAUCCGUAUCAAUAACCCUCAACCCCAUUCCCGGAGAUCUGGAAGUGUCUCAAGCACAGAUAGCACUAGCAGAAGCCUUAUUGGUCCUGCGGGUAUUGCUUUAGGCGCUGGGAGACCAUCAACCGCUAGCGUAUCUACGGGGGUUCUGGUAGAAGCCAGCCCUAGCGGCAAGAGGAAGGAGAGGGGAAAUAGCGUCGGAAGUGCGGCUGUGGGCUUAGCACAGCGGAGCAGUACCUGGGCUCAGCCCUAG